ACUUCGCAUUCCCAAGUUCCGCGAGAAGGCGCAAAUGAACGCUGGUGUAUUUCGGCCCUCUGCGGUGGCCGUAGCGCCUGACAAGUAAACAGGAAGUAGAAUUUUGUGUCUGGAAUUUUUGAAGUCAAGGUGGAAGAGAGGAGGGCUUCUCCAACAGAAGCGACCACUGCCGCCGUUGCGUGCGCUUUCGGAGUCCUCCUUCUGUCUCCGUUGGUGUAACUUCCUCCCCGCUCGGGCCCAGUCGGGCGGCUUCCGAGCGGUGUUGGAAAGUUUCGCCAGCACCAUGGCCGAGUACUCCUAUGUGAAAUCCACCAAACUCGUCCUCAAGGGAACCAAGGCCAAGAGUAAGAAGAAGAAGAACAAAGAGAAGAAAAGAAAAAGAGAAGAGGAUGAAGAAACCCAGCUUGAUAUCGUCGGAAUCUGGUGGACUGUAACAAACUUUGGUGAGAUUUCAGGAACCAUAGCCAUUGAAAUGGAUAAAGGAACCUACAUACAUGCACUGGACAAUGGACUUUUCACCCUGGGAGCUCCACAUAAAGAAGUUGAUGAGGGCCCUAGUCCCCCGGAGCAGUUCACAGCUGUCAAACUGUCUGACUCCAGGAUUGCCCUGAAAUCUGGGUAUGGAAAAUAUCUUGGUAUAAAUUCAGACGGACUUGUUGUUGGGCGCUCAGACGCAAUUGGACCCAGAGAACAAUGGGAGCCCGUCUUUCAAGAUGGGAAGAUGGCUCUGUUGGCCUCAAAUAGCUGCUUUAUUAGAUGCAACGAAGCAGGCGAUAUAGAAGCAAAAAGUAAAACGGCAGGAGAAGAAGAAAUGAUCAAGAUUAGGUCCUGUGCUGAAAGAGAAACCAAGAAAACAGAUGACAUUCCAGAAGAAGACAAAGGAAAUAUUAAACAGUGUGAAAUCAAUUAUGUAAAGAAAUUUCAGAGCUUCCAAGACCACAAACUUAAAAUAAGUAAAGAAGACAAUAAGAUUCUUAAAAAGGCUCGGAAAGAUGGAUUUUUGCAUGAGACACUUCUUGACAGGAGAGCCAAAUUGAAAGCUGAUAGAUACUGCAAAUGAUGGAGAUUUUUGUUUCUAUCUUAUCCUGUUGUUUUUUUUCUGAAUAAAAUAGUCAGUGAAAGUUCUUUUACAGA